CUUUAAAUUAUGUGUGUCAGUAAAUGUUUUACCUUUACUCAAGAAAUAAGUCAUCGACAGCGGACAUGUUUGAAGUUUUGUUCAUCAUUUGUGUCACCAUAUUUGGGAUGACUACAGCUGAAACAGAAAAUGAAACAACUUUACUUAAAAGACUUGAAGCAACUGAAAACCUAGUUCGGGAACUUCUCCAAGAAGUGGACGACUUGAAAUCUCAAGACAAGGUUCAACGAAGUCAUAUUGCUAAAAUGGAAAAGCAACUUCGUGUCCAGCAGCAACGAAGUUCUCAACUAGAAACUCUAAUAAGGAGGUUCAAAGUUUCUGACCAAAAGAAAAGUUCCCCUACAGAUAAUGGUUCAUCAGUGCAAAGAAUACGGAGAGUGGAAAAUGAAAACCCCGUUGCAUUCUUUGCUAAGAUGGUUAAUCAUCUUGAGCAUGGUGGUGUACAUCAGACCGUUAUAUUUGAGAGCGUCGUUACAAACGUGGGGAACGCUUACAACAGCCAACUUGGCAAAUUCAUAGCUCCGGUACCUGGAACGUACGUUUUCUCAACAACGUUGGUGUCACGCCAUUUCAACGGUGCACAUGCACAGUUCGUAAGCAACGGGACUGCUUUGACAACUAUGUACGUAAACGCUGGGCAAACUGGGGAUGAUACGACUAGCCAAACUAUUGUUCUUCAGUUAGAGAAAGGCGAAGAUGUUUCAGUCCAAAAUCUCGACACGGACAAAUCCUUUUACGGAAGCAGUCACAGCAUUUUUUCUGGAUUUUUAUUGGAAGAGGACUACUCAAGUUCUGUUAUUGUGGGAAAAUAAGGCGAAAAGCACGCUACAAGUUUCAA